GGCAAAAAAAGACAAGUUCUUUACCAUUUCUGAUCAGAAAAAAUUGCCUCUAUUCUCCAUCCUCUCUCUUCCUCAUCAAACUAAAAAACAACAGCUUUCUAAGCAUAGGUUUUGAUUUGGGUGGUUAGGGUUUUGAUUGAUGAAUUUGACUGUCAUGAAUCUCUUUUGGGAUUUGUGAGAAAAUUUUAGUGAAGAUGGCCACAAAUCGAAGUGGAACUUCAUUUGUCAAAACAAAAAGGAUGGAAGGGUUCAGUGAUCAUCUCACAUUUGCAGCUUGCGAGUGGUUUUUGAUAUUCCUAUUGCUGCUGGAUUCGUUGUUAUCGUAUCUUCUCAAAAAGUUUGCGAGUUAUUGCAAGUUGCAGUUGCCUUGUUUGUUAUGUUCUAGGCUUGAUCAUAUCUGGGAUGGUGAGAAGCCGGAGUUUUAUCAUAACUUGUUUUGCGGAAAUCAUAAGUCCGAGAUAUCGUCUAUGAUGUUUUGUCAUAUUCAUGGUAAGCUUGCGGACGGUCAUAGGAUGUGCGAUGACUGUCUUUUGUCGCUCACUACGAACGCGAAGAGGAACACGAAAACUCAUCGGUUGUUGGCUGGUAAGUUUGGUGUUGUUAUGGGUGGUUCUGGUUAUCAAAACUCGUCGUUGAGCCGAGCUUUGUUUACUGGACCUAAGGGAUCAAGGCCGUGUAGUUGUUGUGGUAAGCUUUGGAAGUUGGAACAGAAUGGUUUGAGAUCUGUGCAUUUAAAAACGCCGGGGAGAGCGGUUCUUAAGCCAUACGUUCCUUUGCCACGUGCACCAAGACAAAGCCAUUUAAAUCGUCGGGAUAGCAUGAAGAAAAUAAGAGAGAAAACUUCGGAAACUGAAGGAAAAAGAAGCUUUCAUCCUUCGUCUCAUGUAGGAUAUACUGUGUUGAAACUUACUUCGGAUACGGAGUCUGAGUUUCAAUUUUCGGAUUAUGAUGAUGAUGAUGAUGGCAGUGCUUUUCAUGAAAAAAUUGAAGCUAGCAAUGCCACCUUUACUCAAAAUGUAUCAGAAAUGACGACAGAACACGUAAAGGGUGAUUUGAGUCCAACAAAGCCAAAGCCUAGUUCCCCCAAACAUGUGGAAGAAAUCAACCGACCGCUAGCAGAUCAAAAUUCAUCAGGUUUUGACCUACCUGAGCUCAUUUCACUAGAUGAAGUUUCACUAUCACGCGUUAAUCAAGAACCAGAACGAGAAUCUGAAGAGUGUAAGAUUACCUGUCAUUCUGAGAAUUUUCUUCCUGAUGACCUAUCUGAGCUCAUGACUUUGGAAGGGUAUCACACACCUGCCGGAGACUCAUCGGAAAAAUCUGUAGAUAUUACUCAAGCAGAUGAUACUGGACUCGUAUCCGAAAAGAAUGAGGAAGUCUCAGAAAAGAUAGAUAGAAAUGAAGAUGCAUCUACAGAAAUUGAUUCGACGGCAAGCGAAACUGCUCCUCAAAGUCCUACACAAGAGAAUUUAACAGAAGUACCGGAUUCUGUCACAGAACAACCACCCUUCAAUGAAGUUGUUGAAGUCAAGGAAGAACAGGAGUCUAAUGUGUCAUCAUUUGUUCCCACAAAUCACGAUCACUUCCCAGAGAUAAAUGCCGAGACACCAAAAUCUUGUCUUGAAUCUCAGGAUGGAAGCGGCAUGUCGGAAAUUGAAGGCGAAUCCAUUGUUGAUAAAUUAAAGCGACAAAUUGAGUAUGACAAAAAAUGCAUGGAUGAUUUACAGAAGGAACUAGAGGAAGAAAGAAAUGCUUCUGCUAUUGCUGCAGACGAAGCAAUGUCUAUGAUCACAAGGUUACAAGAGGAGAAGGCGGCAUUGCAAAUGGAGGCUCUUCAAUACUUGAGAAUGAUGGAUGAGCAAGCAGAAUAUGAUAAUGACGAAUUUGAGAAAGUUAAUGAUCUACUCGCAGAAAAGGAAAAAGAAAUACAAGAUUUGGAAGCCGAGUUAGAAUAUUAUAGGUUAAACUCGAACUUAACGAAUGAGCCUAUGGUUCAUAAUAUGCACGAGCAAAGUAGGGAUUCAAAGGAGGAAAGUGUAACGCCACAAAAUAUUUGUUUUCAUAAUAUCACAGAUACGGUAAACAAUAUUCCCAAUUCACAAUUGUCCGAGGAAUCCAAAGGCAGUGACGAAGUUGUGGAUGGUGAAACCUCUGUGUUAGAAUUUGAAGAGGAAAAGCAAUACAUUUCACAUUGUUUAAAAUGCUUGGAAAAGAAACUUCAUCAACUUUCUUUUAAUAAGGUUUCCUCCGAAGCGUCUAAUGUUGGACUUGAAAAGCUUGAAACUAGUAAAUUGAAUCAACAAGGAGAUUCUAACAGUGAAGGGCCCCAUUUAGAUGGUCACGACGAGACUGAUUUGUCCAUACCAAACGUUCGAACGUUGAAUGGAAAUCUUGAUGAUAAGGAUGACUCAGCUGCAUCAAAUCAUGAUGAUUGUUCUCCUAGUAUUGAAAACAAGGAUUCCACGUCUGCAGAACCACAAUCUUCCAGAUCUCGAAGAGAAACUGAUUUGAUUUCUCUAGAAAAUGAAAUAUCAGACCUUCAUGACCGGUUAGAGGCGCUCGAAUUUGAUCAUGAUCUUAUUGAGCACAUCACAAAUUCUCUUCAAAAUGGAAAUGAUGGCAAAAAAUUUAUUCAAGACAUAGCGAACCAAUUGAGCGAGCUACGGAAAAUUGGAAUAAGAUCAAGAUGACAUACAAAGAAUAGUGGACAGGUUUUUUCGCCUAGAGGAGAUUGUUCGAUGAUUACGAAAAUUGAUGAACUAACUUAGUAAAUUCUGUAAGUAUCAUUUACAUGUUCCGCUCUGAUUCAAAUGUUUGUAUUGCUUUAAAAUCUAAUGUCAGUGUUAGUUAGAGGGUUGUAACUGUAAUUAUAUGUGCUGCCACAUUUCUUUUCAGAACAGAGAAAAAGAUUUAUACGUUAAUAACAGAUUAGUCCAAUGCAACACAGCUCAUAGUACAGAUACGACCUCACUAUUGAAAUCGACAAAAACCACUUACAUGAUACAAACUUAAUAUAUAAACUUUGAUUAUAUCAAGUUUUCAAGCCUAGUGAACCCCCUCAUAUAUUAAUAUUUUAGCAGACUAAAUUAUCUUCUUAAUGGUUUGCAACCACAUUACAAUAUCUGGAAUGACUUCACUUGUGUGGAUGUUAUAAUGUUUUAUUGGGUAUCAGUUGUAGGCACUUUUAAUUAUUUAUGCUAAGCACAUGUUUUGUAUGGAACCAUGGUUUUAAAUUGCAGUCGCGGAUGUUGCGAUGCACAUUGCGGCCAUUACGGCAUGGAUUUUAAUUGAGAGGAGCAUAAAAUGUACAUUUGAGAGACGCUUAAAAUAAAAAAUUUCCAUUAUAUCAGAAGAAAAUUGAGUUUUCGGGGUUCUAAGAUUUUAAUUUUGAUGAAAAUAACUGAAUAAAUAUAAGAGAAAUUGUAUGAUGUGGUUCCUAUUACAGUCAUACGCAUGAUUUUAAAUCACAUCGCAACUGCGGUCUGAUGCAGUUGCAUAGGAAGUCACAUCGGCAAUAUUGCGGCUGAAAUUGUUGUUGCGGACUGCAAUUUAAAACUAUGUAUGGAACUACAAGUAAUAAUUUCCAUAGUCAACAUUGUUUUGUCGAGGUUCUAAUUCUAAGGAUCAAUCUUUAAACAUUUCAAGUCAUUUUUUUUAAAUUCUCUGAAAACAAACUUAAUUAUUAUGAAGGUUGUGA